AGUAACAGUAGUAGAAGUGUCAGCAGUAGUGGUAGCAGUAACAGCAGUAGAAGUGUCAGCAGUAGCGGUAGCAGCAGCAGCAGUAACAGUAGUAGAAGUGUCAGCAGUAGUGGUAGCAGCAGCAGUAACAGUAGUAGAAGUGUCAGCAGUAGUGGUAGCAGCAGCAGUAACAGCAGUAGAAGUGUCAGCAGUAGCGGUAGCAGCAGCAGCAGUAACAGCAGUAGAAGUGUCAGCAGUAGCGGUAGCAGCAGCAGCAGUAACAGUAGUAGAAGUGUCAGCAGUAGCGGUAGCAGCAGCAGCAGUAACAGCAGUAGAAGUGUCAGCAGUAGCGGUAGCAGCAGCAGUAACAGUAGUAGAAGUGUCAGCAGUAGCGGUAGCAGCAGCAGCAGUAGAAGUGUAAGCAGUAGCGGUAGCAGCAGCAGUAACAGUAGUAGAAGUGUCAGCAGUAGCGGUAGCAGCAGCAGCAGUAACAGUAGUAGAAGUGUUAGCAGUAGCGGUAGCAGCAGCAGCAGUAACAGUAGUAGAAGUGUCAGCAGUAGCGGUAGCAGCAGCAACAGUAACAGUAGUAGAAGUGUCAGCAGUAGCAGCAACAGCAGUAACAGUAGUAGAAGUGUCAGCAGUAGCAGCAGCAGCAGUAACAGCAGUAGAAGUGUCAGCAGUAGCGGUAGCAGCAGCAGCAGUAACAGUAACAGCAGUAGAAGUGUCAGCAGUAGCGAUAGCAGCAGCAGCAGUAACAGCAGUAGAAGUGUCAGCAGUAGCGGUAGCAGCAGCAGCAGUAACAGUAGUAGAAGUGUCAGCAGUAGCGGUAGCAGCAGCAGCAGUAACAGUAGUAGAAGUGUCAGCAGUAGCGGUAGCAGCAGCAGCAGUAACAGUAGUAGAAGUGUCAGCAGUAGCGGUAGCAGCAGCAGCAGUAACAGUAGUAGAAGUGUCAGCAGUAGCAGCAGCAGCAGUAACAGUAGAAGUGUCAGCAGUAGCGGAAGUGUCAGUAGAAGUGUCAGCAGUAGCGGCAGUAGCAGCAGCAGUAACAGUAGUAGAAGUGUCAGCAGUAGCGGUAGCAGCAGCAGUAACAGUAGUAGCGGAAGUGUCAGCAGCAGCAGUAACAGUAGUAGAAGUGUCAGCAGUGGCGGUGGCAACAGCAGCAGUAACAGCAGUAGAAGUGUCAGCAGUAGCGGUGGCAACAGCAGUAACAGUAGUAGAAGUAACAGUAACAGUAGUAGAAGUGUCAGCAGUAGCGGUAGCAGCAGCAGCAGUAACAGUAGUAGAAGUGUCAGCAGUAGCGGUAGCAGCAGCAGCAGUAACAGUAGUAGAAGUGUCAGCAGUAGCAGCAGCAGCAGCAGUAACAGUAGUAGAAGUGUCAGCAGUAGCGGUAGCAGCAGCAGCAGUAACAGUAGUAGAAGUGUCAGCAGUAGCAGCAGCAGCAGUAACAGUAGUAGAAGUGUCAGCAGUAGCGGUAGCAGCAGCAGCAGUAACAGUAGUAGAAGUGUCAGCAGUAGCGGUAGCAGCAGCAGUAACAGUAGUAGAAGUGUCAGCAGUAGCGGUAGCAGCAGCAGCAGUAACAGUAGUAGAAGUGUCAGCAGUAGCGGUAGCAGCAGCAGUAACAGUAGUAGAAGUGUCAGCAGUAGCGGUAGCAGCAGCAGCAGUAACAGCAGUAGAAGUGUCAGCAGUAGCGGUAGCAGCAGCAGCAGCAGUAACAGUAGUAGAAGUGUCAGCAGUAGCGGUAGCAGCAGCAGCAGUAACAGUAGUAGAAGUGUCAGCAGUAGCGGCAGCAGCAGCAGCAGUAACAGCAGUAGAAGUGUCAGCAGUAGCGGUAGCAGCAGCAGCCAAGCGGUGGCAGCAGCAGUAACAGUAGUAGAAGUGUCAGCAGUAGCGGUAGCAGCAGCAGCAGUAACAGUAGUAGAAGUGUUAGCAGUAGCGGUAGCAAGCAGCAGCAUUAACAGCAGUAGAAGUGUCAGCAGUAGCGGUAGCAGCAGCAGCAGUAACAGUAGUAGAAGUGUCAGCAGUAGCAGCAACAGCAGUAACAGUAGUAGAAGUGUCAGCAGUAGCAGCAGCAGCAGUAACAGUAGUAGAAGUGUCAGCAGUAGCGGUAGCAGCAGCAACAGUAACAGUAGUAGAAGUGUCAGCAGUAGCGGUAGCAGCAGCAGCAGUAACAGUAGUAGAAGUGUCAGCAGUAGCGGUAGCAGCAGUAACAGUAGUAGAAGUGUCAGCAGUAGCGGUAGCAGCAGCAGCAGUAACAGUAGUAGAAGUGUCAGCAGUAGCAGCAGCAGCAGUAACAGUAGUAGAAGUGUCAGCAGCAGCACUAACAGUAGUAGAAGUGCCAGCAGUAGCGGUAGCAGCAGCAGCAGUAACAGUAGUAGAAGUGUCAGCAGUAGCGGUAGCAGCAGCAGUAACAGUAGUAGAAGUGUCAGCAGUAGCGGUAGCAGCAGCAACAGUAACAGUAGUAGAAGUGUCAGCAGUAGCAGCAGCAGCAGUAACAGUAGUAGAAGUGUCAGCAGUAGCGGUAGCAGCAGCAGCAGUAACAGUAGUAGAAGUGUCAGCAGUAGCAGCAGCAGCAGUAACAGUAGUAGAAGUGUCAGCAGUAGCGGUAGCAGCAGCAGCAGUAACAGUAGUAGAAGUGUCAGCAGUAGCAGCAGCAGC